AAAAUAUUGCUGGACAGUAAAACCUAUCCAUCAGAGCCAAUCCAGUCAUAUCUGCUCAGUCAUGUAGCACAGUAGGGGUGGGGUGGAGAAGUGGGAAGUGGGCUUUUAGGCACCAAAGGAAAGAGGCUGAAGUUGUCAUUUUGCUACUGAGCGCCAAAGGAGAAAGAGAGCACAUAUUUCUUCGGGGGACUCUACUAUUGGCAAGUUUUCUUUGGGUGAUAUUAGUUUGUAGCCUCCCUAUUCCCCCUACCUCCAACCCCACUUCUUUCCCAAACUAAUUGAAGGGCCAUUUAUGGACUUCUCCAAAAGGAAAAAUCUUGCCACUAAAGUCCAGUCUUGCGUUGAGAUGACUGGACUUCAGUUCUGAAAACCCUCUCAGAACUAGCAGAAGAGCUGGCAGAGGUGUGGAAGGGAAAGGAAGGUGGUUGAGAAAUGGGCGACUGGAGUUUCCUGGGGAACAUCUUGGAAGAGGUGAAUGAGCACUCCACAGUCAUUGGCCGAGUCUGGCUCACUGUGCUUUUUAUCUUCCGGAUCCUUAUCCUUGGCACAGCUGCUGAGUUUGUGUGGGGGGAUGAGCAGUCCGACUUUGUGUGCAACACCCAGCAGCCAGGCUGCGAGAACGUCUGCUACGAUGAGGCCUUCCCCAUCUCCCAUAUCCGCCUCUGGGUACUACAGAUCAUCUUCGUCUCCACACCAUCUUUGGUGUACGUGGGCCACGCCAUGCACCACGUGCGCAGGGAAGAGAAGCGCAAGGAGCGCGAGGCAGAGGAGCUGUGCCAGCAGGCAGCAGGCAACUGUGGCGAGAGGGGACCACUCCCCCCUGACCAGAGCAGUAUCAGGAAGAGCAGCAGCAGCAGCAAAGGCACCAAGUUCAGGCUGGAGGGCACCUUGCUGAGGACCUACAUCUGCCACAUCAUCUUCAAGACCCUUUUUGAGGUGGGCUUCGUAGUAGGCCACUACUUCCUGUACGGGUUCCGGAUCCUGCCCCUCUAUCGCUGCAGCCGGUGGCCCUGCCCCAACGUGGUGGACUGCUUUGUGUCACGGCCCACGGAGAAAACCAUCUUCAUCCUGUUCAUGUUGUCUGUGGCCUCUGUGUCCCUCUUCCUCAAUGUUCUGGAGAUGAGCCACCUGGGCCUGAAGAGGAUCCAGUCUGCCUUUAAGAGGUCCAUAGAGCAGCCACUGGGGGAUAUUCCAGAGAAGUCCCUCCACUCCAUCACUGUCUCCUCCAUCCAGAAAGCCAAGGGCUACCAGCUCCUUGAAGAAGAGAAAAUAGUGUCCCACUAUUUUCCUUUGACUGAGGUUGGCACAGUGGAGACCAGCCCACUUUCUGCCAAGCCUUUCAGUCAGUUUGAGGAGCAGAUGGGCACAGGGCCUCUAGGGGACCUGUCUGUGGCUUACCAAGAGACACUGCCUUCCUAUGCUCAGGUGGGAGGACAGGAAGUUGAGGGGAUCGAGCAACCAGUAGAGGAAAGAGCAGAACCUAAGGUGGUUGAGAAGAGGCAGGAAGCAGAGAGAGUGAGCACAGGAGGGCAGGGGACUGCAGCAGUGUUGGAGCAGGGGGCAGCAGAGACUCCCAGAGUGAGGAAGGAGGGUGAGGAACAAGAGCUGUUGGCUGAGAAGGUGUCAAAGCAAAGCCUGCCCACUGAGAAGGCACCUUCCCUGUGCCCAGAGGUGACUGGGGAUGAUACCAGACCCCUAAGCAGACUGAGCAAAAACAGCAGCCGGGCCAGAUCAGAUGACCUAACAGUGUGAAGUGGUGAGAGAGA